GUGGCGUUGACUGACCCUUAAGCCCUCAGCUCUCCUGGGACGACCGCUGGAGGUGGUGAGGGGCGGCAAAUGGCGGUCUGGGAGACAACAAUGUAUGUACGCGUAAGGAUUGUUGGCUCAAUGGUAUCACGAGACGUGCUAGAGUUCGAGGGAGGUAAUGCAAGAAUCCGCAUCCGUAACCUAGCAAUAUAUUGAGUCAGCUUCUGACUGGGGAGUUUGCACCGACAAGCAAUCUGGCAGGACAGGCGCUAGCCGAGGCCAAAGGAAACAAGGAAACGCUGCAGCAACAGAGCCCCCAACCAGUUUCAAGGUGGAUUUGGCUCCCGGCAGCGUGUGCGUGUGCGUGUGCGUGUGUGUGGUGCAUGGCGAUGCAGGCGUGAUCGUCUUCUACGCCUUCGGACAUGUCGGAAUACUUGGCUUUGAGCAGCUGAAGAGGCUGACAUGGGAAUUUGCACCGUGCAGGUCAGCCUCUCAAUGCAAUACAUCCCAUGGAUUUAUUCUGGACUAUUGAAUCCGUUAGUCGUCGCAGGGCAGAUAGCAGUGCCAGGAGGCCAAAAAGUAAUUACGGAGCUUUCGCAAUGGUGCAUCUGAGAAAGACGACCAUCUGGGUGGACAAGGCGGUUUCCCAAGCCGGGGCCGGCAGCAGCAGCAGCAGCAGCAGCAGCACACACCAACAGCGAGGACCGUGUGAGCCGCGGGCCCGACACUCUGGAUCGGCCUUGGCCCUAAGCCGGGCUGAUCCCAAGCACGGCCAGCCACCGCACGUCCAGCAGUCUAGGCGAUGCUGUGGUUUCUCGCAAAGGAUCCGGGCACAUAACCAGAAACGCCUGCAGGCUGUAGGCUGGCAAUUACUCGUGAAUUCUAAAUUCCAGACAGUAGACCGAGUUGGCGCUUGUCUUAUUAGUUCGGGCCAUUCCAAUCUUACCCCAUGGGGAAUACAAUCUGGACAUUGUCGACAACCUGACGCAUCACCCUUGUGGCUAGUGGAGCUAACAGUCCGAGGAGCGGGAUCCGUUGGUAGUUUGCCCGUCGCGAGACGAUUACCUCUUCCGUCUUCCAUAAUCCAUCGGACGGGAUUCGACUGUCCGGCGCCUCGGGAUCUGAUUGACGUAAACUAUGGAACCGGGGGUGGUUGGGUUUUGUUACCAACUAGCCGUUUGCAAUUGUUGAGUUGUGUCCAACAACAACCGAUCUGGAUCAAGGCGGUUUUUGCUCCUCCGCUUCCGACUCGCUGUCCGGUCCGUGUGCGGCGUGCGUGACGCUGGCUUGCUUCCCUUGGAUUUUUUGGUGGCUCCCUCGAAACACCUUGUCUCACACGCCACACCCUUGGUGCUUCGCUUGAUUCGCUGAGAGACUUGUUUUGCGA